AUGAAAGCAGUCAUUGCUCUUUGUGUCCUCUUCGUCGGUGCCUAUUGCGCACCUAUGCUUGAUGAACAGCUCAACAGUCAAUGGGCUUUAUUCAAACGUGUUCAUGAAAAACAAUACAACGCCAUCGAAGAAGAAACCGCUCGCCGAACCAUCUGGGAAGCUAACCUCGUUAAAAUCCAAAACCACAAUCUUGAAGCUGACUUAGGUCUUCACACCUACACUUUAGGAAUGAACCGAUUCGGUGAUAUGACUCAUGAAGAAUUCGUCAAACAAAUGAACGGAUUCAAAAUGUCAGCCAAAGCUGAAUCAGAUGAUUUCGAUCGUCACACAUUCUUAGCUCCAACAAAUAUUGCUCUCCCAGCUGCUGUUGAUUGGCGCAAACUCGGAUAUGUUACAAAAGUUAAAGAUCAAGGACAAUGUGGAUCAUGUUGGGCUUUCUCAGCUACUGGUUCACUCGAAGGUCAACACUUCGCUCAAGCCAAAAGCCUCGUUUCACUCUCUGAACAAAACUUAGUCGAUUGUUCAGACAAAUUCGGUAACAUGGGUUGUGAUGGAGGUUUGAUGGAUCAAGCUUUUCAAUACAUCAAAGCCAACAAAGGUAUUGAUACCGAAUCAAGCUAUCCAUAUGAAGCCGUCGAUGGUAAAUGUCGAUUCAAAAAACAAAACAUUGGUGCCACUGAUACUGGUUUCGUUGACAUCAAAUCAAAGAACGAAACUGAUCUUCAAUCUGCUAUUGCCACCAUCGGUCCAAUUUCAGUCGCCAUUGAUGCUUCACAAGACUCAUUUCAAUUCUACAGCUCAGGUGUCUACAAUGAACCCGCCUGUUCAUCAACCGAACUCGAUCACGGUGUCUUGGCUGUUGGUUAUGACACAGAUGGAUCAAAAGACUACUACAUCGUCAAGAAUUCAUGGGGUACAUCAUGGGGUCAAAAAGGUUACAUCUGGAUGAGCCGUAACAAGAAAAAUCAAUGCGGUAUUGCCACAAUGGCCAGCUAUCCACUUGUUUAA